CGGGGGCGGCCGGGCCGCGCCGCACCGCAGCGCGCGGGCGGCCAUGGAGCGAGCCUAGGGCCUGGCAGACCUUCAGAGCUUUGCUGAAACCUGCAGUUACUAAAGAAGAAGUUCAUAAAAAGGGUCCUUGUAAUUCCUACUCAAGAUCAAGGGCGGGGAGGUUAUGAAUUGUGGGAGGCGCUCCCGUGAAGAAUGGACCAGUGUGCGUAAUCAUGGAAUCUCCUCACUAACCUGCUCUCCUUGAGAAGUGAGAGAGAGUGGGUCAGGGGAGAAGGAAAAGCGGUCACCAUGAAGCUAAAGCAGCGAGUCGUGCUGUUAGCGAUUCUUCUUGUCAUCUUUAUCUUCACCAAAGUUUUCCUGAUUGACAACUUAGACACGUCUGCUGCGAACCGAGAGGACCAGAGGGCUUUUCACAGAAUGAUGGCCGGCUUGCGGGUGGAGCUGGUGCCCAAACUGGACCACACCUUGCAGUCUCCCUGGGAGAUCGCAGCCCAGUGGGUUGUUCCACGGGAAGUGUACCCAGAAGAGACACCGGAGCUGGGCGCGAUCAUGCAUGCCAUGGCCACCAAGAAGAUCAUUAAAGCUGAUGUGGGCUAUAAAGGGACACAACUGAAAGCCUUACUGAUACUUGAAGGAGGACAGAAAGUCGUCUUCAAACCUAAGCGGUAUAACCGAGACUAUGUGGUAGAAGGGGAGCCAUAUGCUGGCUAUGAUAGACACAAUGCAGAGGUAGCAGCCUUUCAUUUGGACAGGAUUCUGGGUUUCCGCCGAGCCCCCUUGGUGGUUGGCAGAUUUGUUAAUCUACGGACAGAGAUCAAGCCCGUUGCCACGGAGCAGCUGUUGAGCACCUUCCUAACCGUAGGAAAUAAUACUUGUUUCUACGGGAAGUGUUACUACUGCCGAGAGACAGAGCCGGCCUGUGCUGACGGAGACACAAUGGAGGGGUCUGUCACACUGUGGCUUCCGGAUGUGUGGCCUCUGCAGAAACACCGACACCCGUGGGGCAGGACUUACCGGGAAGGCAAGCUGGCCAGAUGGGAGUAUGAUGAGAGCUACUGCGACGCCGUGAAGAAAACGUCCCCUUACGACUCCGGCCCGCGCCUCCUGGACAUCAUUGACACCGCGGUCUUUGAUUACCUGAUCGGCAAUGCUGACCGCCACCACUAUGAGAGUUUCCAAGACGACGAGGGCGCUAGCAUGCUCCUCCUCCUCGAUAAUGCCAAAAGUUUUAAUUUAAUUCUCAGCUUUGGGAACCCGUCGCUGGAUGAGAGAAGCAUCCUCGCCCCCCUCUAUCAGUGUUGCAUCAUUCGGGUGUCCACCUGGAACAGACUGAACUAUCUGAAGAAUGGUGUGCUGAAGUCUGCCUUAAAAGCCGCCAUGGCCCAUGACCCCAUCUCUCCCGUGCUGUCUGAGCCUCAUCUGGACGCCGUGGACCAGCGGCUCCUGAGCACCCUGGCCACCGUGAAGCAGUGCACUGACCAGUUUGGGGCGGACGCUGUGCUGGUGGAAGACAGGAUGCCUCUCUCCCACCUGUAAUUCGCAACAGAAAAUAAGUGAAACUACUUUUUACAAAGCUAGAGAAACAGCACAAUCACUUCCAAAUGGUGUGAGAUGGAUCGGAAAUGGCCGGCAGCGAGCUCUGGGUGGUGGGGGACGGGGUGGCCUUGGAUUCCUUUGGCGAUUUCCGUAGGAGGAGAAGCUGAGGCAGAGACUACGGGGUGCAGACCCCAGGAGCGUGCCUGCCCGACCACCGGACCCCUCGGCAUCGGCGCACCCCCGCGGCGGGCCUCCUGCUGGGCCCAUCGUCACGCGCGUGCCAAAGGGCGGACGGAGGUGUGACGUUUGGAUAGGUUAAUGCUGGGGUUGGUUCCACAGCAUGUAGUUUGGGUUCAUCUUCCAGUCCUUCCUCCACACCUGUGGGUUUUCUGAAAACACUUUAAUGGCUUGAGUCCUUCUGUAACCAGGUCUAGUCCAGUCGGGAGUUUGACCGCCUCCUGAGGAGUGGCAGCAAGUACAACCUGGCGUUCUGUUGAGCCCAGACGGCGAAGGGGUCUGUUUUUAGGAUAGAAUUAGUGGGAAAGACAAAGGCAGGAAAGAUGCUCGGGCUCUUAAGCGAUUGGGUGGGAGGGCUUGCUCUUCCCGGUCGUUUAGAGGCAGGAAGGAGAGGCAGGACCAGAAUCGGAGAAGCUCCUGGCAGGCGCGUAAACGCAGACAGGACUUGAACCUCAGUGAGCCCCGCGUUCCCCCCGUGGUGUCCCAGCGCACCCGGAAGCUGUCCAGCGUGAUUCUCUCGCGGAGACUUUUUUUCCCUUUGGCCCAAAGCUGGCAGGUUCUUUUCUAAAUUAACAAAGCGAAUUGGGAUGAUACGCUGAAUAAGAGUGGAGUUGCCUGUGAUCUCUGCCAUCCUGAGUUCGCUUUGGAAACGAAUUUCCACCUCAGCCUUUAAGGCAUUUGAUCCCCGAAGCCUCUGUUGCUGAGAGAAUGGCCGUCCUGUUCGUGCCCUUCUCGUGGGAACAGCCAGCUCACUCCCUGAGUGCGCGUCCUGCUGGCGGCUGGACCUGUCCUGUGACUUAGGCCUUGCAGAAGAUGGGGAGCAAAAAUUUUCAGCUUUCUGAGCCUUAAAAUUAAGGAGAUUACCAGGAAGGGCCUUAAAAUUUUGAUUUACAUCAAGCCCUAAUGUCCUCGUUGAGUUCCAUCGGGCGUUCUGAACGAUGGCGUGGUAUCGUUUUCGUGUGUCCUCCCGCUGCGUGCAAGUGUCAGGCGGCCGACGCCCCGGCUCAGUGCCCUCUGUGUUCCCGCAGAGCGACUUGGAGCCGGGAGCAGCUGCGGUGAAGCGCGGCACCCGAGGGGGACCGGCCCGGUGUGCUCGCUCCCUGCGCACCCGUCCCUCCUGCAUCUUGUCCAGGUGCCGGGCCAGCCUUGCGCUCCUGUGGAGCAGACACUGGUAUUUAAAGAGUGUGGGUGAGCAGGUUAAUGGCAGCCGUCGGAGAGCAGUGCCAGGCAGCCUCCCUCUCCUAAACCGCGUAGAAUGUAUGCCCUCGUUUUCUCGCAUCGAAAGACAGCUAAGUAACCUGUAGCUACUUAACAGCAUGAAGUUAGGAUGCUUCUGUGCUUUGUCUGUACAUUUCGAGUCAAUACGCGAGAAUGGGUUAAAGUCCUUAAAAAAGGUAUUGAAUUUAAGAAAACAGGUAUUAGCACAAAACACUGAAGUCGGGUCAACCGAAGGAGGCCUCAGGUUCCAGUUUUAAGGCCAUUUGCGGUGUGUAUCAAGUGACGUUCACAGCUGAGCCUGAGAAUGCCUUGGGUAGCCUCCCCCUUAGCGUCAGGGGGCCGGCCGGAGGGAGGCCCGCGCCGCCCACCUGGGCACAGGUUAGUCACACUGAACAAAGGGUCGGUGUUCCUGCAGACACGGGGCACUGGGUGUAUGUUGCUGGAGGGGGCGGGGGGCAAGAAUUGUUCUCAGCCUGGGAACUUCAUUCAUGAUGUUGAAGGCAGAAAACACUGCUAAGGAAGGAAGCAGGACGGGGAGCGGCUUUGAAAAUGUUGCAUCCUUUUUUCCAAAACAUCGCAGAAAUGUUUCAUUUCAUUCCCUUUCCUACUGUUUUAAAAUUCAUGGUCUUAAGAGGUGUUCAGCCGUAUCGUGGUGAAAGUUCUGUGUUAACAGCGUGGCCGUGACAGGGCUCUUAGAACGGAUUUAUAUCUGAUCAGGAUUGGAUUACGCCAGGAGGGCAUGUGUAGGCACAUCUUGGAAGAAGCCAAGCAUAGGCUUAUAGCCCUAAAAUUCACAAAAAGUAAGUUCUCCUUGAAAACAGACAGGUGUCCUUUUGUUAAGUUUUGUAACCCUGUCCUCUGUGGUUUAUUUAGCACUGUUACACUCAGACAAGUCACUGGACGUGACUUGGUCAGCCCUGGGUGGGGGUGCCUAAGGGAGCGUCUGAAGGUAGAUGUGGGUGCGUUUUAAUAUUGUCAGAUGAGGAAAAUCGGAAGUGACUGCUAUUUUCUUACCUCCUCCCACUUCCUAAAUACGUUUAUUCCAGAAUUUGGGGAAAUAUGGGUAAAGAAGUUUCAUUCUAAAUUAUUUAAUAUGAGGUUAAGUUGUGGGUUCGGGUGUAAAUAAUUGUCUGUGCAAAACAAAUUCGUAGGAUCUGAUUUGCUCAGAGCUUCAAUAAUAUAUUGAUACGGCAUUUCUCCCUGUUGCGCUCAGGACUAAUGUGUCAAAUUUAAGAUUUAAGGAGGAAAUGGAAGAAUUCAGGUACAUCCGUUGCGUAUUAUUUUAGGAAAGAUGAAACCUGUGUACGUGGCAAUUUUCCAGUGUCCCCUGAACAACAGAUUUUCCCAUGGAAAUUCAUCUUUUCCUUCUCUUAAAGAAAAGGAAACAAAAGACUUGCCUUUCCCUUCCCAUCCACCACAUUCCUUCCGCUCCGUUCUCAGUGGUCCCUGUAUUCUUGUUUGACCAGGGACAGUAAAACAGCAUCUGUCUUGUAAGAGUUACCUUGUGGGCUCGAGCUUCAGAAACAUGAGUAAAGGCAUAUGUAUGUAUAUAGUCAUAUUGUAGCAAGAAAACAAAUGUAUUUAUUUUGACACAGGGAAACACUGACUUAUGUUGCUGAGGAACUUGAAGCUAGUGACAGGCUCUCUUCCCCGUGUCUGAGAGUGGACCCUGGGUGACCCAGACCAUCCCCUGAGCAGGUGCCGCCGAGCCGCUCCGGUGAGCCAGCCGUGGUGGGUGCACGAGUGCGCCACGCACACCUGACUUCGUGAGGCCUGUUGUCCGGGGAAGGCCAGGUUUUCUCCCGUCGAUCCCUCAAGUCUGACUUGCAAAGGCAGGGGCUGAGGACUCUACUGCCACAGGUUUCUAAGGAACAAAGGUGUUCUAAGUACAAAAUGAUUGAGGUGGGGGGCGGGGAACUGGGAAUAACUUACUGGGAAGCUAAUUUAUUUGCUUAAAAGGGUGGUGUAGGAACCGGUACCCUCCGUUUUGAUCUGCCAAGGGGCUCCUCUCAGAGCUGGUGCACAGGUGGUGGUCGGGAUUGGGAAGACCCCAGACAGGACAGAUACACGCACCUAAAUUUCUAAUGUGUUCUAUGGGUUUCGAUUCUGAAAGAAAAUAAAUAAAGAUUUUAUUAAGUAUUGA